AUGCUGCAAGCUCGACCGACGCGACGCGAAUUACUGUCGUCACAGCUGGAGGUUGAGCGACUGCAGCGGCAUGAGAAGUUGGACUGCUAUCUCUCUUUAGACCCCGCACUGAAGAUGCAGAACCUGACAGAGGCCAAUGUGUUAGAGCGUGUUGGUCGGAUUUGCUCCGAUAUUGUUGCUUCCUGCUGCUACGUGCUGGAGGUCGAGGAUGUUGGAGAGCUCCCACAGUCUGUGGAAAAAUUACAACAACUCGCCCACGUUUCAACAGCGUACCAGCGAUUCGUCGAGCGAAUAGAAAAACUUCUCAAGCGGUUUGAUGAGGUGGGCAUGUUGUCAGGUUAUGUUGGUUCAAAACUGUACUAA